AUGACUGUACAGCCACGAUCUGAAGUCUUCCGAGAACAAGAAAAGGAAAAGACAAAGGACAAAAAGACAAAUGAUGACGUUGGAAAGGUGGCUGUUCAGGCAAAGGUCAGGGACGAAGUGUUCAUCGACACUGCUUGCUCCAGAGUAAUGACACCAGAUAUCGUUCAGCCUCCCCAACCUUGCAAGAACCGAGAUCAACGGGCGGCUGCGGUCUAG